AUGUCAGCAUACACCAACUCGGAUGAACAUUCCUUUGUUCGAACUUUUAGCAAUGUUAGUAGAGCAAGCGCUAGGUCUAAAACCACUGUUGACAGAAUUGAUGUUCUUCAAAGAGAAUGCCUGAAUACCACUAUUAUAGAACCUUAUGGUGGGAAAAAGGAUAUUUCCAUCAAAAAGCAAACUGGGAAGAAGCAAUGUGAACUUCCGUAUAAACUUGCGGUUAGUGUCACGCUGGAGGAAUAUGAGAAACAACCGCAUGAAGUUUGUAUUCACAAAAUUUCGAAGGUAAUAGAGAGUUCCUGCAGAAAUGUUGAAGAUACUCCUGCUGAGAUUUGUGCUUUUGGAUCAACUCGGACCUAUGCUGAUGGGUCUGCAAAAGAGGCCGAUAAUUCGUUUCGUCCGGAAAAACCGGAAGUAGCAUACCCAAACGGAAUUGAUAAAGGGACUCGUCCUUGGCCAAAUCUUGUUAUCGAAGUUGCAUAUUCGGAGACGAUAGAUCAUGUUACAUACAAGGUGAAGAACUACUGGCUAAAGCCUGAUCGUGCACAUGAUGCUAUUGUUGUAAAAAUUGACCCAGUUCUUGAUGAUCAAGUACCUACUCGUAUGAUAGCAUGGCAUUAUUGUGUUUCGGAUAGAAAAACGAGAACUACAUUUCCUGCUAGAACUACAUUUGAAUUCGGCACAGUUGAUGCGCUUGGAGCUCCUUUGACAUUUCCACAAG